AUGCCGUUCUGUUUUGAUGUGAUAGGUUUCUCUGAAACUAGACUCACUCAAGACAUUCAACACCUCUUCACACUCCCCGACUACCAUGCAUACUUCUCGCACCACUCUAGAAACAGCGGGGGCGUUGCCCUCUAUGUUCAUGACAGAUUUUCCUCUCAUGGUAGAGCUGACCUAUCUUUCCAAGAAGAUUUCAUUGAGUCAGUUUUUACUGAAGUAACAAUUAACAACGAGAGCUUACUGAUUGGGCAAUUGUAUAGGCGCCCAAAAAGUAACUUCUCUCUUUUUCUGGAAAAGAUUCAGCUAAUAAUCGAGACUGCCUCUCAAGAAAACAAGAAGUGUCUCAUCAGUGGGGAUUUUAACCUAGACCUCCUCAAGGCCGACUCUGAUAACAAAGUCAGGGAAACCGUCUCCACCCUUAAUUCUAGGCUCUUCUUCUCAGCAGUCACCAAGCCUACUAGAGUUCAAGGAAACUCUGCCUCCUUAAUAGAUCAUAUCUGGACAAAUUUUUUACCAAAAUUGAAAGCAAGUGGGGUUAUAUACUGCAACAUAUCAGAUCAUUUUCCUGUUUUUAGUACUUUUAACCUAGAAUUACAACAUAAUGAACCUAAAACUGAGAAAACACUUUACUAUCGCGACUAUAAAGAAUCCAAUAUAACCAAUUUUAAAAGCCACCUUACAGAAGUAUGUUGGGACCUCGUGUUUGCCUCUCACAAUCCCGAGGUUGCCUAUGAAAAUUUCAUUAGUCUUUUUAUCCCCUCCUUUGAAAGAUUUUUCCCAUUAAAAUGUAAGUCACUAAAAUCAAAGUCCUUUAAGAAACCAUACAUUACAUGUGAAAUAAGAAAUUUAAUCAAAGAAAAAAACAAACUUCAAAAGAAAUAUGCAAAGUGGCCACUCUCCUACGGCGAGACAUUUCGGUCUCUUCGCAACCGCUUAAAACUAACAAUUCGGAAGGCAAAGGCAGAUCAUUACAAAAUGAAGCUUGAUCAAAGUGCAGGUGACACUAAGAAGACAUGGCAAAUUCUUAAUGAUGUUCUUCACAGGAAUAAUAAACAAAAAGCUGACAAAGUACUAAUAGAUGAGAAAGAAAUCAAUGACCCAAACGUCAUUACAAAUGAAUUUAACAAAUAUUUUAAAACAUAG